UAUUUGGAUAUCCCGCAAAGAUUGAAUAUACACAUACUUUACCUGUGCUUUAAUACUGUUGUAAAAAAUGCAACAUAUUUUGUGAAGUUUGACCCUUUAUCAGAACCUCGACUUUGUGUUAAAAGAAAAUAUAUUUACCAAUAAUAAAUGGUCACCCGUUUCUGUCAGGCCAUAAAUACGUUUUGAAAAAGAAAUAAUUUUCAGCAGUAAACGAAUAUAAAACAGUAGCUGUAAUGUUGAAACAACUAGUGUUGUUAACUUUGCCUAUUACGCUGUACGCCUGGCAGCUGUGCAAUGAUGAGUCGUGCAAAAUCGCGAGCCAACAAGCGAGGAUCAUUGGAGGAGACAUCACGGAGCAGAAUUCUAGACCUUUUCAGGUCGCCCUGUACUCUCGAGUGGGCACGACGGGCGAGGUGGGGUUCUGCGGGGGUUCACUCGUCCACCCGGAGUGGGUGCUGACGGCCGCGCACUGCUGCUACCAUAACGGGCAGCAGGUCGACAACGUGCAGGCUAUCCUCGGCGCACACUCGCUGUACGACCGGUAUGAGAACGGGCGUCGCAUCGUGAAUGUGGACGAGGUGCGGGUCCACCCAGACUGGGACCCGGACUCUUUUGCCAAUGACAUCGCUCUCAUGAGGCUCGCUAACAUCAUGCAGCUUACAGAAACCAUCGAUGUAGUUCGUCUUCCGUACCUGAGUAUAUCCAACUUCAAUUUCGCUGGGAUGGGAGCCACAGCAUCCGGGUGGGGAAUUGCGGCGCCAGGCGUGGAGUUCGUGUCACCAACGCUUCGAGAAAAGCUGAUGACCGUGAUGACGAACACGAUGUGCAACAUACAGUAUUUCGACCAACUGCCCGCCAACAUAGUGUGUGGCUUCCAUGCUACUGCUGGCACAUGCAAGGGAGACAAUGGCGGUCCAUUGACGAUAUGGUAUAAUGCCACAGAAGAAGUUAUUCUGGUAAGUAAUGUUUCUUAUAUGUACCUAACUAUUUACAAGAACAUGGUCAGUACAGUCACGUCUGAAAAUAUCGAUACGAAAAAUGUGCCAAAAAUAUAUAUACACCACCUUAAUAUAAUCGGCGUGGCAUCGUUCGUGGAUGCGAGUGGAUGCAACGACGAACUACCCUCUGUGUUCACAAUGCGGGUACUGUUGGUCGGUUUGGCUCUAGUGGCGGCGGCGGCGGCCUCGGUGCUGCCGACAGCAGAGCCGGUCCUGGGGUACCACGACGCCGUGGGCAUCCCUCACGCGGCCAAGAUCAAGGAAAUAGAAGACCAGCACUUCGCCAACCAUGAUGAAGACGCGCCAUUGGACCCUCGUAUCGUGGGAGGAGUUGUUGCUGCAACUGGUGCUCAUCCUUACUUGGCCGGGCUUGUUAUCAGCCUCCUCAAUGUAGCCGGCCAAUCCGCCUGCGGCUCCUCACUCCUCACCGCCAACCGGCUGGUAACUGCGGCGCACUGCUGGUUCGACGGUAGUAGACAGGCCUGGCAGUUCGAGGUGGUCCUGGGCUCCAAUUGGCUGUUCUACGGCGGUACUAGGGUCUCCACGACGCAGGUCGUCAUGCAUCCAUCGUGGACUCCUUCAACGCUGGCCAAUGAUGUUGCUAUGAUCUAUCUGCCGACCAAUGUAGCCUUGUCAUCUAUUAUCCAGCCCAUUGCGUUGCCGUCCACCACCCAACUGUGGGACCAAUUUGUGGGUCUGUGGUCAACCGCUGCUGGAUACGGCAAGACCAGUGACUUACAAGCCGGCGUAUCGACGGCCAGCGUGGUGAGCCAAGUGUCCCUGCAAGUGAUCUCGAUGGCGCAGUGCCAAGUCAGUUUCGGUCACUGGAUUCUCGACAGCACCCUUUGCACUAACGGUAUCGGGGGCGUGGGCAUCUGCGGCGGCGACUCCGGCGGCCCGCUGGUCAUUAACUCCAACGGCCAGAAUAUUUUGGUGGGCAUCAGCUCGUUUGUGGCAGCGUCCGGUUGCCAGCUCGGCCACCCCUCGGCCUUCGCCAGGGUCACCAGCUUCUACAGCUUCAUAGUCAGCAAUCUGUAAACCUGACCCGAUUUGAACAACAUAGGUUUGGUCUCCGGUUGACCCAGUGGUUACAUUAUAAAUGGGGUGACAGCAAUAUUUGGAUAGAACGGCGGAAUUCUGCUGUCGACGUCAGCCGGAGAUCAAUGCCUUAAAGUGAUAUGGCUAGGACAAAGGUAACUUUUCUAGGACCAUCAAAUUAGUUUUAAUUUAAAUGCGCCAUAGUUAAUGUUGCUGAUUUGAUUGGAUUGACUGGAUAUACAUGUUGAACUAGUGAAUAUAACGUAAUGAAAAAUCAUACAA